UGGGGUACUUUUCAAUUAUGCCCUUUAAUAAUCUGGAAUUUGUUAAAUAGAGUUAAAUAGAUUGCUAUGGCUAAAUAGAUUGCUUGAUCAUUUUGUGAAGAGUUGGUACUCUUGUUUUCAUAUGAACUAAAAUCAAAAACGCAACAUACAAUUGUUGAUUUUGCUUGCUCGUGGCGAUGUGCUAUAACAGUUCCGUGCUUGAGAAUAAUUUUAACGUUCUUAAGAAACUGAUGAUUAAACUGAGGAGGGUGAUGAUGGUGAUUAUAGUGAUGAUGAUGAAAAAUCACAUUUGUGUUUAUUGGAUUUUUGCACACUAUUGUAUAUGAUAAUGCCCGUCCGGCCUCAUCGGAACGUCCGUUCUGGAUUGUUCUAAAAAGUGCAGAUCCAGCCAAGUGUGCAGAUGCUCCUACAGUUCUGCCUUGCAUAGAACACAUUUUAUUGAACAAUGUCACAUGUUCCUCUACCACGCUACGCAGACUGUUCAGCACACUGUUGACAUUCAAUCAUGAAGUGUAUGUUAAGCUGAAAAAAUGUAAAAUAACAUCGUGUAUACAGGACGCAGACAGACGGCAAUAUGGAAACGAAGUCGUUAUAUUAACGUGUUUCAAUAAUAGAUCAAACAUGCUCGAUAUUAAGAAUGGAAGUCCCGGUCUGUGGGAGGCUCUUUAUGGUCUGAACAUCAAGGCCUUAAGGCUUCGAGUUUUGAACGUGAAUCACGCAGCAUGUUUGUCGCAAUCAAUAUCAUCUUUCAAACAUAUGGAGAGUAUUGAAUUGGAUGAUCGCAGUCUCGGUCUUUUAAACGCUCUUCGUGGUCUGAAUAUCAAGAGUCUGAGUCUGAGUGGUUGGUUUGAAGGUUUGAACGUGCACAAUGUAGAGUCGUUGUCGCAGGAACUAUCAUCGCUCACUCACCUAGAAACGCUUAGUAUUGACGUGCAUUAUGCCAGUCCCAUUCUGUGGAAGGUUUUAUGUGGUCUAAAUAUCAAGACGCUGAGUCUGAGUGGUUGGUUUAAAGGUUUGUACGUGAACCACGUAGAGUCGUUGUCGCAGCAACUAUCAUCGCUCCAACGGCUGGAAACGCUUUCAAUAUAUAUGCGAAAAUAUAUCAACAUACAGCUUCCUCAUUCAUUAAAGUAUUUAAAUAUCUAUUGCUAUGCAUCGCUACCAUCCGAACUACGCGAACUUGUUGACACACUGUCUGGAUGUACUCAGACAGUUGAGAGUAAGCUGGAAUUCGGUUGUGCUUCUUUUGACGAUUGCCGUUUAAAACGAAUCCCAUCGGAUGAAUACAUUGUCAUCCAGCAGGAACUGGAGACGCUGAAGAAUGUUGCAGUGAAACGAUUCCGAAUAUUAUACCGCAAAACUAAGAUCAAUGGGAGUGAUGAUGUUGCAGAAUCUGCCUGGUAUGAACGUGACGCUGUUGGUGUGGAUGACGAUUAUUGGGAAGAUGAUAACAUUGCAGAUAAUGCAUAUACAUGCUUCGUUAGGAAAUUGGAUGAAGGAAUUAUCAAUCGAAUUUCUUUGCGACUUCUGAUCACUCCAGCCUCAAACUCAUAAAUCAAUACAUGCGGUUUAAACACACGAUUAUCAUGUUAACAAAUGCAUUAUUUGUGUAUGGGAGAAUUUGUGUAAAUAAGAAUAAUAUUUUUCACGUAGAUUGAUGCAGUCAUUUUUGUCGAACAUUAUAUUUAGACGUCAUAUUAAAUGAUUGAAAUUAAAGAAGAAUGUGACGUCAUUUUAUAUAGCAGCUUCAGAGCAAAUAAAACGGUAGCAAGCAUAAAUAAAAAAAUCGUUAUCUUUUUGUUUGGUUUUGUUUCGUGUAAAUUUUAUUGAACAUAUUUGAAUAAUUACUAACUGAAGUAUUACUAACAUGUGUACAACCACCACAGGAUUUAAAC